CACGCUCUCUUUCUCUUCUAGGUUGUGGUAAGGGUGCGGUUGGGUGUCUCGUCUUAACGAGUUGGAGUAUCUAGCUACGAUUUAUUAGAUUUGGGAUAUUGGAAUUGACGUUCGUUAGUGAUGGGUUGUUGCGGUGGUGAAGGGGACUCUACGAGAGAAUGGAAGCCAAUCGAGCAACGCAGCUGCACAGAUGUCCUGUGGCUGUUGAUACUUAUUCUAUUCUGCAUUGGCAUGGUUGUUAUUUGUGGCUUUGCAAUAGCUUCUGGAGCAGCCCAGAGGUUGAUAUUUGGAUAUGAUAGUUUUGGAAACAUCUGUGGCCAAAAGAAUGCCAAAGUGGAAGGAGAAGAAUGGAGUGGUCUUGAUCACACAAAAAAUAAGUAUGUUUUUUUCUUGGAACCCUGUAACUUGGAUGUUGUAAAUUUAAAAAUUAAGUCCAUGGCUCUAUGUGUAGCGAAAUGUCCAGACAUGGAGCUCCGCACAUUUGAGGAUGUUAAAAGAUUUGCACUUGAAAAUGGGUCUAGGCUGUGCGCAUAUGAGCUGGAGCCAUCAAAAUAUACAUCAGGAAGAUCGAGUUUAUGUCCUAAACUUCCUGUUAAAUCAAGUAAACCUAUACCAUUCUUCCAUCGUUGUGUCCCAGAUGUAGAUGUCUGCUAUGUCAACUUUAUUAAGGCCCUGACCACCUUCGUCAGUGACAAUAGUGUCUUGCAGAGAGUGGUUACUGGAGUAAUGACCAGCAAAGAAAUUAUAGUGGGACUUUGCUUUUUAUCUCUAGUUUUAUCGAUGUUGUUAAUGGUUAUAAUUCGAUACAUCUCCCGAGUGCUUGUUUGGAUCCUUGCAAUUCUCACCAUCCUGGGUUCAAUUGGUGGUACCGCUGUUCUUUGGUGGUUGUAUGCUGAUCAGAAGAAGGCAGCCAAAGCAAAAUCAGUUGAAGAUGAGAAUGUGGCAGAAGACAAUAGCAAGGCUCUUCUGAUAUAUGCCAUUAUUGCAACAGUAGUUACAGUCAUUUUACUGUUACUAAUGCUAAUAAUGAGGAAGCGAGUCGCUCUUACAAUUGCCUUAUUCCAUGUGGCAGGGAAAGUGUUCGUUCACAUUCCACUUCUAGUCUUUCAGCCACUCUGGACUUUCCUGGCAUUGGCAUUAUUCUGGGUCUAUUGGGUUACGGUCCUACUUUUAUUGGGCACUGCAGGAUCUCCUGAGAAAAACUCUCAAGGUUACAUAGAAUUUAAAGUCUCCGGUCCUUUACAGUAUACAUGGAUUUAUCAUCUAGUUGGUCUUAUCUGGAUCAGUGAAUUCAUACUGGCCUGUCAACAGAUGACCGUGGCUGGAGCUGUCGUGACCUAUUAUUUUACACGAGACAAGAGUAAUUUGCCAGCAACUCCAAUUCUUUCAUCUAUAUGUCGACUGAUUAAAUACCAUCUAGGAACAGUAGCCAAAGGCUCCUUCAUCAUCACUUUAGUAAAGAUUCCACGACUGAUCCUCAUGUAUAUACAUAACCAACUUAAAGGCAAGGAAAACGCUGUCGCAAAAUGCAUGCUGAAAGCUUGCAUGUGCUGCCUCUGGUGUUUGGAGAAGUGCCUGUUGUAUCUGAAUAGGAAUGCAUAUGUGGCGACAGCCAUAAACAGCACCAGCUUCUGCACGUCCGCCAGAGAUGCCUUGCUGAUCUUGGUAGAGAAUGCUUUGAAAGUGGCUGCUAUAAACACAGUUGGCGAUUUUGUGCUGUUUCUAGGAAAGGUGCUUAUAGUGUUAAUCACAGGGUUUAUUGGGAUCGUGCUGCUCAAUCACCAACGUGAUUACACUGUGUGGGUGCUACCACUCAUCAUUAUUUGCCUAUUUGCCUUCUUUGUGUCACACUGCUUCUUGUCCACAUAUGAGAUGGUGGUGGAUGUUCUUUUCCUCUGCUUUGCGGUUGACUCCAAACAAAAUGAUGGGACUCCUGGACGCGAGUAUUACAUGGAUAAAAGUUUAAUGGAAUUCAUGGAUGACAGCAGGAAAGCAAUGCGUUCAGGUGGGCGUGGAGCGGAGAUGAAAUCAAUGACCUCUGGAGAUGACAACGCUUGAUUAUGGCAAAUCGCUGGAAAAUAGCGGGUAAAACAACACAGGGCUUUACAAAUUGCAUUUUUGUGUGAAUCCCUAAUAACCUCUAAGGGGAAGGGGAGUACAACAGAUCACAAAUGUGCUUUUUUUUUAAGAAAAAGAAUUUAAAACUUGCUUGUAAGAUUUUUAUUUUAUUUCUAACAGAAAUAUUGCCAAUUUGCAUAAAUAUGGAACCUGUUGAAAGCAGGUUUGGUUUUAGUUGCCUGGCCUAAAAAUAAUCAUGUAACUAGAUAAUGCUCAACUAUCCAAUCUCUUAUGGAUGAAUCUUUUGUAACACUAUAGACACUAUAUAUUAUGCUUUGUAGGUAUUAUAAAACAUGUGCUUGUAUUCUUUAUAAGUAUUUCUUGCAGAAUAUUUUGUAAAACAGCAGCGCAACAGUACUGAUUAUUAUGAAUGGCAUAAUGAUAUUGUAAAUAGUCUCUCUUACGGCUGUGCAGCUUUUCUGUCCUGUUGCUACAUUCCUAAUGGAAUUACUGUACUAAAAAGCUCAGGAUAAAAAUGUCAUCCUUUUCAGGAACUUGUCAGGCAAACUAGUAGAACUGUAGGAUCGUUUAAAGUGGGCAGGUGACUUAAUGCAAAAUUAGAGUCAAAGUAGCAUGUGCAUAAACUUCACUUGAAUGGGGUGAAAUGUGGCAAUCAUUUUCCAAUGUGCAACUUUUAAAAACCACCUAACUAGGGUUCCUCCAGCGUGUAUGGAUGACUAGCGGGCUCUGGAAGUUCAUUAUUUAGCCUCAGUCGCAUGAGCUGGCCUGAGAAGAUUUGCUCCCAUUCCCUCCGAAUCCGAGAAGUGAAAGUUGCUCAGGGUUUUGAUGCAUGGUUGUCAUCAGGAUUUCCCUAAGAAAUGCAUUACAGGGAAGCUGACUAGGGUUAGAGCUGUUGUGAUGCAUCUUGCCACAGUAACUAUGCACUGAUGUUCAUAAGUUCCCGUAUAAACAACCUGUUUUAGCUGGGUGUAGUGCAGGAGAUUGUCUGCCUGCGGAAUGCUGGGGAAGAAGAAAAUUGGUAGAUCAAACUGAAGAGGAGUUUUAAUUAUAAGGUUUAGGGCCAUCUUCAUUGGAGAAAUCUUUUUUCGCUAUUUUUAAGUAGAUUUUACACAUUGUGACACAGGGAAAGGUCACAUGUGGUUAUUGGGUUUAGGGUGAGUUAGUUGGCCAUGUUGGUUGUGGAGUGAUGACCAUGCUCACUAACAUAGAUGAACUGGCCAACCAAUAAGUGGAUGUUGACAUUAGAUGGCAUUUAUGUUCUCGCAUUCUAUGAAAUAUUUUGCUAUUUGGAGUCAUGCAGUAAAAUAUUCCUAAAGGUUUGACAAACCCUACUAUCACUAAGUUCAACUAUGUAGAACUUCCAGGUCUUUGUGUUUCUCUUGCACUGUCAGAGUUACUUUUUCUGUAAAUAAGGCUUUGAGACUGGCAGUGGAGCUAACCAGGAAUUAAAUCUGGUUUAAUUUGUUAAAUCUGAGCAUCAGUGUUGAAUAGACUCAGUCCCCUCUUCCUUGAGCUUUGAGUGAGGAAAGUGGCAUGUGCUACACAAUUGAUAGGAGGUAGAUAUCUUUGAUGGCUUUCUUUAGAUUUCGAUUAGAUUCCUUACAAUGUGGAAACAAGCCCUUCAGCCCUACCAGUCCACACCGACCCUCUGACUAAUGCACCUAA